UCCUGACGCUGAGGAUUCUGGGAAGGAAUGGCUUCCUGGGUAAAGUACAAUGUGUGUCUCCUGAGGAGGACGGUCCGUAUUCUGAUCUCCGGCUCUCGCUGGACCUUCAAAGAUGGGGGAAUCGCAGGUUUGGAGUCGCCUGUAGAAGGUGUCUGAGCUCCGGGGACGAGCGGAGGACGCAGAGAUGGAGUCCGCCAAACGAAUCCUGGUGUAUCUGAGCAAAGAGAGUUCUCUGCUGCAGUGUGCCAGGUUUGUGCAGGGUAUCACUGGGCACUUUUCCUCCGAGGACACGGCUGUCGUGAACUGUGGACUGGACCGGGAUCGGUUUGUCAUCUCCGAUCGGCCAUUCAGCGGUUCCAGCGGCGUCCGGCUUCAGAGGCCGUCCUUCUGCCCCAUCAAACACCUGAACCCGGACCAAGCCGCCCGCCUGCCAGAGCAGAUCCGUCUCCGAGGUGUGGAUGUGGGAGUCGCCAUCUUGCUGCAGACAGCCAACAAAAAGGUUCUGCUGACGAGAAGAACCAAAACCCUCAGCAUCUUCCCCAACGUCUGGGUACCACCCGGUGGUCACAUGGAGUCAGGAGAGCAGCUCCUCGAUGCCGGGCUGAGAGAACUACAGGAGGAGACUGGGCUGGACCUGAGGAACGAGACUCCGCCCUGGAGGAUCCUGGGGCUUUGGGAGUCCGCCUUCCCACCGCUGCUGAGCCGCGGACUCCCCACGAGGCACCAUAUUGUCACUUACCUUCUCGUCACCUCCAGCAAAACCCACCAGGAGCUGCAGGAGAAACUCCACCCGGCCGAGGAGGAGGUCAGCGCGUGCGUCUGGCUGGACCCGGAGAUCGCUGAGCGCAUAGUGGCGGCUCAGGAGGGAGAGGAGGAUUCUGGGGAAAACCUGCCGGGGAUUCCAACCUCCAUUCAGGUCACGGAGGUGUCCGGGAAUUCUCUCUCUCGGAGGGACGUGGACGUGUCGGUGUUUUUGAACACGGCCCCGGUCGGCGGGGAAGACGUGGAGCGCGUGAGCACCGGCACCAAAUACGCUCUGGAACUUUGCAGCCCCGCCCCCGAGGAUCCAAUAUGUACAACACCACAGAACACUGAAUAAAUAAAAAGGUUUAUUCCCAUUUAAAAA